AUGAACAGUGAGGAAUUGCUUGCUCAAUUAAUGGAUAGCAAGAAGAAGGCUCGUCCACGAUUAGGUUCCGUUAAAAUGGAUGCCAACACUCCCUCGGACUCACUCAUGAAGGGAGGAGCAGGCAUCGGAAGUAGUGGUGGUGUAAAUGUUGUACAGGAGCAUUCAAAACAUUUGAAAUUAACACAAAAGGAUAUGAAAAUUCUUUUAGCCAACUUUAAGAAGAAGAGUGAUAGUAAGGGUCGAAUCAAUCGGGAACAAUUCGAAGAGGUGAUCCGAACCACCUUGUCAAGUUCUCUAGAUCAUCAGGCACUCGCUUCCGUAAAUAAGAUUUUUGAUGUUUUUGAUAGCGAUAAGACUGGACACGUCGAUUUUGUUGAACUCUCUACUGGUUUGAGCAAUACCUUGUACACUGAUAAGAAGGAGCUAUUGAAGUUUGUGUACAGCUUGAUUGAUAUCAACAACGAUGGAACCGUUGAAAAGAAUGAGCUAUUAGCAUUCUUCAAGAAGUUUUACCUUGGACAAGCCAAAAUGAAUGGAUACAGGCUCUCGCAUGAAAGGUGGCAUACGUUGGAACAACAUCUUUCCUUUGCAUUCGAUCGAAUGGAUUUAGACGGAAGUGGUGCAAUUGACUAUGAAGAAUUUAUUGUUGCUGUCAAUGAUCCAGACUCUGCACUAGGCUAUGCUUUUUAUAACUGCAUGAAAUUUUAA